UAAUGCAAUAUUUUAAUGGAUGCAUUUAUGCUACUAGUGUAAGGAAAGCUGAUAAAGAAAUAGAUGCUUCUAGUGAAAAUAAAUUAAAGUAUGUUCAAGUAGAGGGAUUAAUUAAAUAUCUUUAUAAAGAUCAUUCUUUAUGCUGGUCAGAAGUUUGCUGGAUCAAAGAUAAUCCUGAUAUUGAACUGAAAGAACCUAAUCUAAUUACAUAUACUGAAUCUUAA